GCCCCAGGGGCCACAAUGGCCUGCCGCUCCUGCGUCGUUGGCUCCGGCAGCCUCAGCAGCUGUGAGGUGACCCCAGGGGGCAGCUCCUGGCUGGGGGCCUCCGGAUGGAGCAGCUGUGGGGUCCCCGGGCUGGGCUUCAGCUCUCGCAGCCUCACGGGCUGCCUGACGGCUGGCACCACCCCCAAGGUGACCGUGAACUCCAGCCUGCUGGUACCUCUGGACCUCAAGGUGGACCCGGCCAUCCAACAGCAGAAGAACCAAGAGAAGGAGGAAAUGAAGGUCCUCAAUGAUAAAUUCGCCUCCCUGAUUGGCAAGGUGCAAGCCUUGGAGCAGCGCCACCAGCUGCUGGAGGCCCGCUGGCACUUCCUGCAGAGCCAGGACUCGACCACCUUUGACCUUGGGCACCUCUAUGAGAAGUACCAGGGCCGACUGCAGGAGGAACUGCGCAAAGUGAACCAGGAGCGGGGCCAGCACGAGGCCAACCUGCUGCAGAUGCUCAAGAAGGUGGAGGAGUUUCGGAUCAGGUAUGAGGACGAGAUCUCCAAGCGCACAGACAUGGAGUUCACCUUCGUCCAGCUGAAGAAGGACCUGGAUGCAGAGUGUCUUCGACGGGCAGAACUAGAGACCAAGUUAAAAGGCCUGCAGAGCUUCGUGGAGCUGAUGAAAAGCAUCUACGAGCAGGAGCUGAAGGACCUGGCAGACCAAGUGAAGGACGUGUCGGUGACCGUGGGGGUGGACAGCCGCUGCCACAUCGACCUGAGCAGCAUCGUGGAGGAGGUGAAGGCCCGAUACGACACCGUGGCGGCCCGCAGCCUGGAAGAGGCCCAGGCGAACUCCCAGAGCCAGCUGGAGGAGCAGGCCGCCCGCUCAGCCGAGGUGGGGGACAGCCUCCAGAGCAGCCGCAGCGAGAUCGCUGACCUCACCGUGCACAUCCAGAAGCUGCGAUCCCACAUCCUCUCCACCAAGAGCCACUGCCUGAAACUGGAGGAGAACAUCAAGGCGGCCGAGGAGCAGGGUGAGCUGGCCCUCCGGGACGCCAAGGCCAAGCUGGCCCAGCUGGAGGCCGCCCUGCAGCAGGCCAAGAAGGACAUGGCGCGGCAGCUGCGUGAGUACCAGGAGCUGAUGAACACCAAGCUGGCCUUGGACAUCGAGAUCGCCACCUACCGCAAGCUGGUGGAGGGCGAGGAGAGACGGAUGGACUUGCCCUCAGCCACCGUGGUCAGUGCUGUGCAGCGCAGAUCUAGAACUGCUGCCUCCAAGUCCAGCCUCUCAAGAGCCCCCUCCCGGAAAAAGAAGAACAGGAAAGGCCCCGUGAUCAAAAUCACCGAAACCUCAGAAAAGUUCCUCUCACAAGAGUCAGAGGUCUCAGAGUAAGGUCACUGUCCGGACCCCAGGAGCCCCAGGUCAUCCGCCUGCAGCGGGAGGAACAUAAGCUAGACUCAAGAAAGCAGCGUGGAGCCUCUAGGUUGGGAAGGGAGGCAAACCUGAUCCUGAACUAAGAAGAGGAGGGUUGAAAACAGCGACUGCUUUUUUGUGGGUUGCCAAGGGUGGGAAAGGACUGUCACCAGCUAUUCCGUCACUCAGCUCCAUAUCAAUAUCUCACAGUCCCACGCUUCCAACCUCUGGCCAGAGGUUUUCCUGACUGCGUAAACUGGAAUUGGGGUCAGUUUUGCCGCCACCUCCUCGCUCCUCUGAGGCUCCUCCCCCAACAGAGGGCUCCGACCAAGGUCUCUUUGACCCGUUACCCAACCCUUGCCCUAAACGCACAUCUCCAGUCUUGCCUUGCCUCUGCCUCGGAAAGAAGGUGGUGGCCUUGCUCCCCCAGCCCCCGCCAGCCAGGGCCCAGGGGCUGACGGGCACUGCCUGGGCACCCUCCGUAUCUAGAGCUCCUGGGAGACUGGGUGCUGAGCACCUCUGACUUUCCUGCACCACCUGGGCUCCCCGGAGACCUGGCAGGAUUAGGGAGUGAGGGGAGGAGGCUCCCUGGGUGUUCGGGACCUGAGCCUGGAACUCUGAGAUCAGCCCAGACACCUGUGCCCCUUCCCUCCUCCUGUGGGCCUCUCCCAGCAGGUCACAGUCAGAACUGGAUGGCUGCCCAGCCAGCUCCCAAGCACCUUCUCUAGAAGCUAUUCUUGCCAUGACAAACUCCCUGGGCAGGGCGGGGCAGGGAGUAGAAAGCGGGGGAGGCCAGAUGGCAACCAGAGACCAGGCAGGGAAACUGAACCCUCCUUCCUCCCUCCUGCCACCCUGGCGUUCACUGCCUUGCCUGGGAUCUGAGUGCUCUGCCUCCCACCCACGUGUUUCCCCGCCUGAUACCUGGGUGCACCAGGCCCUGGAGACCCCAGCCCCACCCCUGCCAUGAAACUCCAGGCCCAUUUCCCAUGAAUCCCACUCCUGGGGGUCUCUGUUCUCUCCUUCGGGCCGAGCAGCCUGGCCCUCCCCUCCUCUGCACCCACACCUGUGGGUUAGAGCUCCUUCCCUUCUUCCCCCUCCACGCCUCCUCCCUCCAUGCCUGCCCCCCUGCCGCCCAGCGGGGUCAUGAAGAAGGCACUGUCCCCUUGGGUCUGGGAGCUUCUGAGCCCUUGAGGCGGCCUGGGGGACCCCAAUAACAACGACAGAAAUUCUGCAGCGAUCCAACAAGAUUUGGGGCUGGGAGGAAGGCUCCUCUUUCCUCCCCUUGGCUCUCACCUUCGGGUGUGGGGGGCUUACAGGGGGAUCCUGGCAGCUCCAGCCUCUCACUCCGUCAGCCAGCUUCUCUCCUUCCCUCUCCUCUCCCUACCUGCCCCUUGCCUCACCUCCUCUUCUAGCCCCAGUCUUUGAUUCAUUCAUCUCAUUUGUCCAGUACAGGGUGGCCCAAGGUCUUGGGCCCCUCCUAGGCCUCAAGGUCCUCCAGGCCUGUGGGGGGCGCUGAAGGGCUACUGACGCGGGCUUGAGGGAACUCAGAUAUAUACUCACCCCUCAAGUCCCCAAAGGGUGCUGAUCGCUGCUUUUUCUCUGCCUAUUUAUUGGUUUCCAAGGGAGCAAAUCCUCAGUGGGGAUACAAGAUAUUAAAAGUAUAUAUAUUAUUUUUUUCAUAACGUAUGUGGCUUUUAACUUAUUGCUUCCCUUCCUUUUUCUGCAUACACAGUGCUGUGUAUUAUACUCUCUGGAGAGACAGCACAUAUCCCAGCCACCCCACUCGACUGGCUGACUAUCUUGGGGCAAUACCCCCUUCUCCCUGCCAAGGGGUGAAUAAAGUGCUGAGGUUUGUCCAUGGA